GACCAUGACGGUAAGCAUUCUCGCCACCGACGACGCCGUACCCCGGACCAAACACUCCGCAAUGAGGAAAAGCAGCAAUGAUGUCCGUAAUAGCCGCAACGGCAGCAGUCGAUACUGCAACAGUCCGGUCGACUCCAUUGACGCACGCAGAGAGAAAACGAGGGUGUUUCCGUCCGAGUCAUCACCACAAGCUUUGUCGAACGUUCACCGCGAGUACAAAGGCAUGCCCUUGGCGCCAUGGAGUCCUCACGAUUCCCUCACAGCAGACGUAGAAAUGAAAUCGGUACGGCAGCAAAGACAACAGCCGAAACUUUCCUCGCUACACAAGAAAUCAUCCUCGCAUCAUUCUAAACCGGAAGCGGAGCAUUCCCGUAGCAAUCACAGCGGACGGUCCAAGGAUUCCAGUGCACGCUAUAGUAAUCGGAGUAGUGACCUGGAGCGCUCUCGUUCCCAAAGAUCAUCUUCCCGUUCUCGGCGUAGCAAUCCCACACGGCGCGUUGGUCGGUCCACAUCGAAUGAAGGGGGUACUGGCGCAGUGCAAACACGACGUUGCGGGAAAGAUCACGAACCACAGGACGAAGACGAAGACUUGGAAUGGGCCACCGAGCAAUGGGCGGAUGACUCGGAACUCUUCCCCGAAUAUCCCUUUGUUUCGUCUGUACCAGUAAAUACUGGGGCACCGGCACCGGUACCGCGAGCACCCAAGCUCUCACGGUCGAUCUCCCAGCGGGGCAGCACUAAUUUGACCAUGGUUGCGCCUUCUUUAAAUCGAAGCGGCGACUCCGCGAGCCCAGUUUUCCAGAUUUCCCCAAACCCUUUGGUUGAGCCAAACAGCAGCCGUGGCGGCGGAGUAAACCACCGCAGCCGGCGUGCCAGUCUGCAGCAAGAUUCUCGCUGGAAAGAGAGAGUUGACUCAUCCGAUUUCGAGAACGUCACAAAAUCGUUACGGGCGAGACCCGAACGCCGUGCCUCGUGUUCGUAUCGAUCGAAAAUUGGUGAUGAAUCCUGGAACACGGAUGACAAUGAGGCGGGGGCGCCUCCGACUGCUUCCCGCAAAGGAGCCCUAGAAUCCAAUUCGCAGCGCGACAGUAUCCGCGCAUUUUCCCGGAAACUAGAACACGACGCGAUAGUGGCACAAUUUCAAACUCGAGUAAAAGAAAAGAGCAAACAGAGCGCAUUUUCUGGCAUAGAAAAAGUGCGUUCCCUCCAUCGAUCGGGAAGUCAAAUCAGUCUCUCUCAGCACUUGCUGGGGACUUCAGACCACGAUGGAGCCGCUAUCCCUGUUUCCAGGCAACCAGAGAAUACCGCGCGACAGGAGCGGUCUCGAAAGCUGUCGCCAUCAUCCAGUCAUGGUGACGGCCGACCUUGUCGUGGUGUUGUAAUUUCGAAAACGAGCAGAGUUGAAAUCCCUGUUCAUUCUGUGCAAAUGGUGUCAACCACUGACAGCACCACGUCGACCUUGCCGACCACUAGCAUAUCCGACAUGUCGGAAACCCUAACAGAACAUCGAAGUGCUCUUCUUAAUGGUGUUCCCCAUAUCCACAUGGCUCCGACAGGCGCUGUUCCCAUCCAUAUUUUGUCGACCUCGGAAUUGACGGGGCCACCAUUUUCGCGCCCCGUGGAAUCUAUCAGGAUUACGGAUGAGACUAUGGGACUAAGUAGUCUGGAAAGGCAUAAAAAAUCUAUUUCCAAAAAGACCAAGGAAAAGACCCAAAGACUGAACAGCAAGUGCAUGGACUUACAAUGCUUAACUACAGAGCAGUCGACACCGGUGGACUUGUUGCGCCCCACACCCCCGAUCCAAUCGCCGCGCGAAACGCCGUCCUCACGAACUUGCCGUCCGCGAUCACGUUCCCAGCCUCGCCGGAGCGCGAGUCAAUCUCGGCCUCGACGAGGGCGGCAUCGUAGUAUCAGUCGCACCCGACGCACUGAUCCACGACUACCGGCACCGUUGUCGUCGAAACACACGAGGAAAGUCGACCAAUCCAGUCGACGCAGGCCGCAACGAACAAGCAAAGACGUGUAG